CAUCUUUGACUUUCUUCUCUUUCGGAAAGAUUGUAUUACUAACAACAAAGAUUUGACGUUUUAAGAUUGAGAGCUCGGUUUACGAAUCUUUCUUUCAGUUGGAGUCAUAAAUAUUCUAACACAACUUUAUAACUAUGGCAACAGAUGAAAGGACUACUUUUGUGAAGUUAGAGGCGUUGAAAGAAAUCAGAGCAAAAACACUGCAGUUGGAGAAAAUGAAAAUGAGAAUAAUUCAAGAGGUUGAAACAACAGAACAAGAAGAAAAAUGUUUGUCGGAGUACAAACAAGAAAUGGAUCUCCUUAUGCAAGAGAAAAUGGCACACGUUGAAGAGCUGAGACAGAUCCAUGCUGACAUAAAUGCGAUGGAAAACGUCAUAAAACAGUCUGAAGAGUGCCGCAAUCGUGCGCUUGACACUGCAAAGCGAAUUCACGAAGAAUAUAGACCUCUAAAACUAGAAAUUGACCGUAUGAGGCGUGAAUAUUUGGGCCUAGAAAGGCUCCCAGAACUGCAUGAAGAGGAAGGGGAUUUAAUUACUCCUGAUUAUUUUGAGAAACAUUUCAAAACUGACUGGCGACCAGAAAUGAGGGAAGAGCCUACUUUGUCCGGUUUAGCACUGGCUCACCAGAGUGCUGCUUCUGCUUUUCUUGCACCAUCACAGCCACCUAUGCAGCUGGUACAGAGUAGUAAUAAACCAGAGCAACGCCCCAUGCCACCUGCUCCAGGUCCAGCACCAACUUUUAGGCAACAGCCGCCUCCUAUGAAGUCAUGCCUAUCCUGCCACCAGCAGAUUCAUCGAAAUGCACCCAUCUGUCCACUGUGCAAAGCUAAAUCACGAAGUCGCAAUCCAAAGAAACCAAAGAAGAAAGACUGAAUAAUUUUUAUGAAUUUUUACCUUCAGUGUUGUUAAAGUGUAUGCCAGUAUAUAAGUAGUGGGCACACUUUGAAUUCACUUUGCUGCUCAUUAGAGCAAAUAAUGUGUCCAGUAAUUAAAGUUCUGUAUGUGUUACAGAGGUUCAGGAAUUUCUGUGAAGAUGAUCUGAUGACAAAUAACUGUGUGGAAUAAGUAUCAGUAUGAAUUGUAAUGUUUUGUACUUAGUGUUAGAAUUACUUUGAAAUGUAAGUUAUCACCUUAUAAAAGUUCUCUUACCUGAACACAUUUGAAAUAAUAUACUUUUCUUGUGUGUAAUGUAUGUUGGAAAAGUGUGUGUUUCAUACUAUGGAGGUGCAACAUGGUUUAUAUACUUGCCAUAUUUUAACACAUUAUUGGUAAGAGUAGGAAAGAUUGAGUGUAGUAGUCAGUGUUUUACUGGUAAGACUUUAAUCUUCAAACUAAGAAUACUUAAAAUUACUUUCAGAGUGAAUAUGUUUGAAGGACAAAAUAUAUUGUGGACAUUAAAACAGCAAAUUUUUCAGAAAGAAGGGAAGAACAGUGAUGAAUAUUUUACUCAAGAUUUUGCCUUCUUUCAUGAAGUGUUUUAUCUUUUAAUUUUUGAGACUGCUUUAUAUAUAAA